UAACCAAUGGAAUAUUCUUUGUUGGAAAGUAUCCUUUGCAUUGUGUUACACUUUGAACGAAGUAGAUAUAUUUGAUGCUUGGUAAGAGUGAAAAGGAGAGAGAAAAAUUGCGAGAAAGUACAGAAGGUGUAAACAGUGGAACUAUAAACAGACGUAUUCAUUUUAUGAAUUAUUUGCAAACUUUCAAUAUGUCAAGUAAACACAAGGGUGUUUUUUUAAUUAUGUGAUUUCAUGAUGCGUAUAUAGUAUUUUUUAAAGAACAGCGAUCGUGGUAUGCAUUAUGGAUUGUGUUAAAAUAAUAAAAGUGCAAUAACCAUUGAUUGGAUACUUUAUAUCUAUUAAUAACUGAGUUUGUUGGAGUUAAAAUGUCCAAUUCAGAAACUGGUAUGGGAUGUAUUAGCGAGGUAACACUUGCAAUUAGUAAAGCUAGAAGUUCUCAAGCAGGUACAGUGAGAGUCCUCGAUAGUCCAGACUCUGAUGGAUCCGGCCGCUCAAAUUCAUUUACCAUACAACAGUUUGAUUAUCCUAACGAUAAUAAUGCCAACUCAAAUAUUUUACAAUCACCUCUCACCAAUGAAGACUUGAGAAUACCUAUUGUCGGCUAUGAAAUUAUGGAAGAGAGAGCUAGAUUUACGGUUUACAAGCUUCGAGUUGAAUUGAAAAAUGGUGAUUGUUGGUUCGUGUUUAGAAGAUACACAGACUUUGUUCGAUUAUUAGCUCAAUUAAGAAGGCAAAAACUUCCUAUUGCCCAUCUGUCAUUACCAAGGAAAAAAUGGCUCGGUGACAAUUUUGCGCCAAGUUUUUUAGAACAAAGAAUACUUGGACUUCAGACAUUUGUUAACGGUAUAUUAAGUAGCCCCAUCCUCAUAGGUGUCUCGUGUGUGAGGGAGUUUUUUUGUUUGGAUGAACCUCCUGUAUUAUCUGACACAGCAGAGGAAUCUAGAGCAAUAUUUGAAGCAUUAGAAGAUACGAUAUAUCAUUUGAGGCAGCAAUUGAGGGAGCGCGAUACUGCACUUGCAUCUGAGAAAGCUCUGUGUAAUGAAUUCCGCAAAAAGCUUCAUCGCAUACUGAGCGAAAGACAGAUCUGUUCGAAAUGUGGUGCAUCCCCCUAAUAAUAAUUUUACAAUUUAAAUUAAACCUGAUAUUAGAUCGAAUAAAAGUUACUUACAGUUAUAUAUUAUUUACAAUGUAUAAAACGAUGUUACAUUAUGAAAAGACAUAUUUUCUAGAAAGAUGUUUGUUAUAUAAGAUAUUCUAAAAAAAGGUGAUAUUUUAUGGACAGAUAAGAUAUUAAAUAUCAUGUUGGCAUAACUUUUUACAGUGAGACAGUAAGCUAUGUUAAAAUUUUAUUAUUCUAGGAUUUUAACUUUCGACGAAACAUAUUUGGCAACAUUUUUUCAUAAUUUACACGGCAUAUUACUAACGGCAUCUUUCCUAAAUUUACAUGCCUUAUAUAGACUUUCUUCUGUACAUAAUGAUAUUUACAAUUUACAUGUCGGAAGUGCUCUUAUAUCAAAGAAAGAAAGUAGCGUCAGUUAAUUUAAUAUGUGAACUUUUUAUAUAUGGGACGAUAUUUUUGUUACAUAAUUUUCGAUAUUUAUAAUAAUCUCACGUGAAAUAAUUCACCGUUAAGCUUAUAAAAGUAUAAGCAUAAAUUGAAAAAAGUAUCGAAAGAAACAGAACAUAAAGGUUGUACGGACUAAGAUUUUACUUUUUACAAGCCAUUUAGCAUUUUGGAUAUGAAAUAUUAU